AUAGCUGGAACCUCUUCAACUGCAUCUUUUUGUCCAAUUCAUGCUGUCGUGACUGGAACAAAAUGAACGUUGCCUCAUUACCAACAACUCUCUGCUGGAUCACCCAGACAGACGAUAGGAGGGCGUUCUCCCUUCAGAGAGCUGACGGGAAAUGCGGGCAGAGUGAUGUGGGAUGACUUGCAACAAAGAUGACUUGAACCAGGGACGAUGCACUUACAUCGUCGGCAUCCUUAACCCCUACACCGACACCGCAGCCCAGCUUCAACAUUUCAACUUUAAUGGAUCGGCUGCCCGGUACCAUUGGUGAAAUACAUAAACUAGUACAUUACAUUCAAGCACACUGACGACAUUUCAGAAGGAAAUAUUGUACUUGUUACUCCACCACAUGCAUUUGCAGCUAUAGUUACUAGUUCCUAGAGGGUAAUUAUUUUACAUGCGGUCAGCUUCUACAAUAUUAUGUAUUGCGAAAGUGCUCAGCAGUUUAUAAGUAGUUAAAAUUGGCUCCACGCGGACCAGCUACAACAUCACAACGCUGUUCACACGCAUCAGUAAUAACAUCCAACCGGCUGUACUUUUACUUCAGUAACAUUUUAAAAGCAGGACUUACGGGUAAUGGAGUGUUUGUAUAGUGUGGUAGGCCUAUUGCUUAUUUGAGCUAAGUAAAGGAUGCGAACACGAGACCAGACUCAAUUUCCAUGAUCAAACCAGGCUUCCAAAUGUAACUAACAGGGUCCAGAUCUGCAGAGGGGGGCUUUUACAGUCCUGGUCUCUGGGACAAACUGACCGGAGAUUAGCCACAACUGCGUCCAAGUAAGUUGCAAACCAAAGGCAACUGAAAAUCUUUCUAUUGUCUCAGGCUUAUGGUUGAUGUUUUUUUUCCCCUGUGUGUCUGUGUUUUAUGUACGUGGGAGUGUAUGUGUGUGUUUGUCUGUGAGUGUGUGUCAUAAAAAUGACCUCACCCUGCCCGGUAGUGAAGCCACCUAACCAGAGGGUGUUCAGCAACCUCCAGAGGAGGGCGCAAGAGCGACACCUCGGGACGUGAAGCGCCCGAAUUCAGAAGACGAGGAAGCCGCCCGCACUGUCGGUAGGUCGGUGUCGUAUCCGGUGGUGGCUUCGGUUCAGUUGUCCGGGAGACCCGCUAUGUACGAGUGUUUCGAUGAGGAGACUUUGCUGUGGAAGGACGCCAGUUACCUUCGGUUUCACGUCUGACCCCCGGCUCGCUUAGCACAGAGAGGCAGAAGACAAGCUAGCCGGCCCCGAGAUUUUAGAGAACCGUCAGCGAGCACAAAACGUUAGCCGCGGGUGAAUUUUACAGUCGGACCAACGUUAGCUAAAACCCGACAUGACCCAACAAGCCGCUGCUCUGCAGACCUACAACAAUGAACUUGUCAAAUGUAUUGAGGACCUGUGCUCCAAGCGGGAUGAGCUGAACCGUCAGAUCAAGCAGGAGGAGGAGGAGAAGGAACGACUGCAGCAUGACAUCCGUGUCCUCUCCGAGAAGCUGAGCAGAGUCAACGAGAGCCUGGCACAAAGACUCGCCGCCCGCGCCACCUUCGACCGCACCAUCGCUGAGACCGAGGCUGCAUACACCAAGAUCCUGGAGAGUUCCCAGUCUCUUCUAAGUGUCCUGAAGCAGGAGGCAGGAAACCUCAGUAAAGCCACAGAGCCCCGGAGGAAGGAGCACUAAUGGCAUUGAAAGGUCACUCGUUUUGACCACAGCAACACACUUGAAUCUGCACUUUUUAUGCAGUUUAUAAUCCACUCUGGACUAUUUAUAUUUAACUGAUUUAUUGUAAAUUCUUUAUUCCAAUAAAUGUGUUUCUUAUCA